UGCUACGCGAGAUUGCUUGUUGAAUAUGUUUAUUCGGUUGACCCCACCAAAGGCCGUCGACGGCGUUACAUAAAUUGCUAUCGGUUCCGCUCGUUACGCGGAAUUGUUUCUCCUCGAACGUUAAAUCAAACUCCCUCGAGUGGAUUCAAUUUCCGUUCAAGAAAUUUCCUCUCGAAAGAUCGAUGGGCCAGGAUUCAACGUGUCCGUUCCUCGAUGAAGACAAACUGGUGGAAGGAGCUCUGUGUCCCUAUCAAUUUCGUUAAAUUCGCGUACUGCGCGUGGUCAAUGGUGGGAGCUACCACUAUAAAGACAAAGUCGAGGACUGACUUCUUCAGGAUCGUACAAGAACACCAUGGACCGGCUUCGAGGAUUCAACAGCGUAUGGACGAUCCUCUUCAUCUGCAGCUUUUCGCCGCUGACCUGCGGGAAAUUAAUUCUCGAGGACUUUGAGGAGAAGCUAGCAGGGCUCUACAAGGUAGUCGAUUACGUUCAUCGAAGGCCCCACGAAAUGAACGCCGACGUCACUUUCUCCAUCACUAUCGUCGAAGCCAACAUAGCUGCCACGCUACUGCACAAAAACGCACGAUACCUUGGACAGGACCAGUGGAAAACGCUAUCAGAAAUUUUGCAGAUCUGCGACUCGACUCGACGGUACCUGAUCGAUCACGUUAUUCCAGAAACCAAGGACGUUCGACUACUGCACCAAAUGCUGAACAACCCCGCUCUGUGGAUGCGACCGAUAUCCUGGCAAAAUGGCGUCCUGGAGAAGAAGGGUCCAACGCCUGGAUUGACUUACCGAGACGUUCGCGAUCUGAUAAUGCAAGGAACGCCGAAAGAGGAGGAGAGCGAUCGAUGUCUCGGUGAAAUCGUUCGGAAUGAGUUAAAUCCACGCUGCGAAAUCCCCGAAACAUGCGUCGAGAUAUUGAAGAGACGCGACUCCACCAGGGGAUACCCCCUCGCUCACAGGCUGUUGAUCAUUCAAGUCGCCAAAGCGAUGGGAUGCUCACAUGGUAUACCCUCCGAUUUGAGAGUUUCAUAUUGUUCUGCCAUUAUGCAAGAUCUGGUCGACGCCGAGAGGUCUGGAUUCCCUUACACCACGCCAGAUUUAAUGAUGGAACAAGUACUUCUGUGCGGAAUGGAAGGGUUCCUCGAGUUCACUGGCAAACAUUACGAGCGCUUAUUGUUGGACUGGUCGCGUCCCAGCGGUUGCUACAGUUCCUUUGGAUCGAAAGACAAUCCGUCUCGCGUAGUCCGUAGGACCUCGUCGAGAACAGACUUCGGUUGCGACAGCCACGCCACUGGUCUUGCUGCUGCAUCCCUUUCUUUGUUUAUCCGUGAAAAUGUGGAGAACGCGUUCGAGGAAGGUUUACUGUAGUCUCCUUCUGGUUGAAAUAA